AUGCUACCUCUGCAUCACAGUCCGGGUUUCAACAGAAAUCCGUCUUCAUCGGUCAACACAGACAAGGGCAAAGGCAAAGGCAAACAACGAGCUUACGAUGCUGACCCAGCUCAACAAGGCUCGUCCGGCGAAGCGAGCAACCAGCAAGACGUCGGUGGACAAGCGCUCGUGUUCAGUGUUCGCUUCACAGACGGCCUUACCGAAGAUCUCCUUGAUAUCUGCAUCGGCCAACGCGAGACCAUCCGUGAUUUGAAGCGGCGAAUAAGACUGCUGAGACCCACGAUAGCUACCAGACGAUUACGGUUGAUACACAUCGGUCGCGUGCUCACUGAUGGCACACUGCUCGUACCGUGGAUGCUGUCGCUCUUGGCACGCCAGAAGCGCCAAGAGGAGGAGACACAAUCUCGCUUCAUCGACGAUGCACUCGACGUGGUCAAGCAAGUCAGAUCUGCAGCGGCCACCUCACUCGAGGGCAGUAGUGCCCGGUCUGCCGCAGUCGCGCCUGAGGAGAUCAAACCACUCUGGCUGCAUUGUUCCGUCGGCGAAGAAGAGACAGAGAUUGAUGCUGCUGCCUCUACAACUGCCGAUGCGACUAUCACAGCCAACACUGCACAGAUUCAGCCUUUGCAAGGGUUUGACAGACUAAGAGACGCCGGCUUCUCCGAUGAGGACAUCGAUCGGAUACGCAACGACUUCCGAGAGGAGACGGAGGCUCGGGGUGAGCGUUCUCUCGGCGAUGACGAAGAGCAUGCGCGAGCACUCGAAGACCAAUGGAUGGAAGGCCUGACCGGCCAUGACGAAGCCAGUGCAUCUUCGUCUUCUGUCGGCUCCUACUCUACCCUGUUCAAGGGACUGCUCAUUGGCUUCAGCUUCCCCUUCCUGCCGCUCUUCUUCUUCCGAACACAGAUCUUCUCCAAGAAGAUGCAGCAAGCAGUCUUGCUCGGCUGCGCGUUCAACUUUGCAUUUGGCAUCCUACGCAUGCUCGGAUAG